AUGGCCAGGAGAAAUGCUGCCGUAGCUACAUCGUGCUCCAGGCCAAAAAGAUGGCUCCCUCCGCCCUGUGGAACUAUCAAAAUCAAUACAGAUGUUUCCCUCUUGAAUGAUGGAUGGGUAGGUCUGGGUGUUGUUGCUAGAGAUGAUCAAGGGGUUGUCCUAUUUGCUGCAACGAGAAGGAUUAGAGCAUGGUGGUCAAUAGAAGUAGCUGAAGCAAAGGCAAUUGUAUGGGCUAUACGAUUAGGCCUGAGAUAUGGCUGCACCAACGCAAUCAUCGAAUCUGAUUGCCAAACCAUCAUCUCAAGACUCUCGAAGGAAGCACACUAUAACACUGAGCUAGAUUUGGUGUUGGGCGACGCUAUGGCACAGAGCACUUCUUUUGACAGGCUUCAACGGAGCCAUGUUAGGAGGGACGGCAACACAAUGGCACACAACCUUGCAAACUUCUUUCCUUCUGAUUUUGAGCAAAUUUGGGAAAAUCAUGUUCCCCCAAAUGUAACCCCGUAUGUAAUUAUGGAUGCUUUGGUUAAUUAA